GGAACCUUAGCCGCCCCCUCCAUGAACUUUUGUGACGCAAGGCGUUCAGAAAUUCUAAAAACACCAAACCUACCAAACCACACCGCACAAAAUGUCUGCGCCCGCGACCACAACAGCGAUACCCACGGAACUGCAGGACAAAUUCGACCUCGGAAUCUGGCAUUGCCUCUUCAACUGGCCCACGCUCACCGUCGCCGUAACAAACCAAUGGGGCGGCCCCGACUCCUCAGACAAGCGGGACUGGCUGGCGGGCCAAAUCAGCGAGCUCUUCACCAACGAGCCGCUCACGGACGCUGAAGACGUCGAGGUCAUGCUCCUGCAAGUCCUCGAAGACGAGUUCGGAUGCCGCGUCGAAGACGAGACCGAGAUCGCCGUUGCGCGCGACAUCAUGGCUAUCAGGAAGGAAGUUGGGGAGGGGAGGACGGGGACGAUUGAUAGUCUGCAUGAGAAGUGGGAGAGCAGGAAGGGGAAGGAGGUUGCGACGGGGAACGUGCAGGUGUGUGAGGGGCAUCAGGAGGAUAUGGAUAGUGUGGACGAGGAGAGUGAGGAUGAGGAUGUCGAUAUGGAUGAGGCGCCCGCGUUAGUGCCCGCGAGGCCGAGGGAGCCAAAGCCGGAGCCGGAGGUGGAUGAGGAUGGGUUUGAGAAGGUAGUGGGCAAGAAGAGGCGGUGAGGGGCUGCAAAGAGAGACCACAGGCACAGCAGGAAGGGAAGAGGGUAAGCGCUUAUGAACAGGCUUCGUCGAGUGCAUGGCUCUUGAUAGAGUAAGUACCUCGACCAAAACUUGAGCAAGAGCAACGCCAGGUGAGCAGGAGCAUGUCACAGGCCAGAUGGAAAGGUUCAACUGUGAGAAGAGCAGGUCGUUCAGAGAGCGCAAAGUUCGUAAUCUAUCAAAAAAAAAGAAAAAGAAAAAGAGUGA